AUGUCGUCCCAUCUGAUAUUCUCCUCCCCCUCACCGGCAAUGUGCCUCCUCAAUCUCCACCCCAAGCUCGGCGCCCUCCUACAAUGCGAGCUCUACUCCACCAAAACCACGGCCCGAGGCGGCAGCCGGAAAACCCCGGUACCGACCAAGCCCAAGCCCCAGAGAGCCCGGAAGCAAUCGGAGGCGCUGACCGCCGUCUGGCCCAAACCGGGGACGAUAUCGUACCAGUCGAAGGCCGCCAACUUCGUGAACCUGAUCGGCCGUGUCGGGAUCCCCAUCCGGUACGAGUCCGCCGGCGUCGGAAAGCACCUGGCCUCAACCGUGAUAUCCCUCAUGAACGGUGGUGUAAAGGACCCCCUGAAGAUCCCCGUCCUGUUCGAGGGGCUCUUGGCCCGCGUCGUGUCGGGUCAUGUCCGGGAGAACGACUGCGUCUUCGUGUCCGGUCACCUGAGCGUGGGCCCCACGAGUCCGGUCGGGAAAUUCCACGUCGUGGCUGAAAAUAUCAACUUUGUGGUGGGGUUGGAGAAGAAUAGUUUAUGUGGGUUGGGGACUGAUAGCUCUGUUGAGAACGAGGCUAACCUGUUUGAUGAAUUGCCCCAAAGAGCAAAGACUGAGGACAACAAGUCACUAGCAAAUUCAGAAAGUGGGAAUGGUGGUGGAUCGGGUCUAGGAAAAGGCGAUGGAAAGAGAACCAGGGAUCUCUGGAGGCGUCUUUUCAGUCAUGAUGAGCAAUGGUGGGAUUUUCGUGAGCACAAGGCAAACGGGUUGGUAAAGGCAAACCAUCCGGAUUUCAAGCUGAAGCGGACUGGGGAGCCUCUCUGGCUUACAAAUGCUCCCAAAUGGGUCCUGCGUCAUUAUUGGAUCGAUGAAAUUUUGUUUGACGAGAAGAGCCAGAGCCAGAUAGAUUAUUCUUGGAAGGAUUUGGUUGAAAAUUUCGAUGACUGGUGGGAUAACAGGGCCACGAAAAAAAAUCCUAAAGGGCCGGAUUUUGUGCACAAGGAUACUGGUGAGUGUUUGUGGUUGAAUUCGUCGCCUAGCUGGGUUUUGUCUAAGCUUCCCCCGGUAAGAAAUUAA